GUCGUCUAGUCAGAGGACGUAGGAGUUAGAUAGCUAUUCUAUAAUAGAGCUAUCUCUACAAUGAAUGAUCUGAUGGGUACUCGACGACUGAGCGUUGUGGAGACGCUGGAGCAGGCAAGGCAGGCUCUGCACACACACAGAUCAUGGAUGAAACGCAGGGUGAGCAUUGCCCCGGACCAAAAGGGCAAGCUAGCAGACACUGAAGCACAAGACUACACAGUGAAUAUGGACAUCUUUACGAGCAGGAGCGGGCAGUCAACGCUGGAAGAAGAGGUGUUUUCACCUGCAGGAGAGGUGAUAAAACAACAAGAUCAAGCAGCCCCACCCCCCUUUGCUGCUGUGAGGUCCAGGAAAAUCGCCCCGGGCAAUCUGCCCGGCCUUCCAGUUGAUAAAGGCACUCCCUUUACUCUUACUGAAGUUCCAUCCCACUUCUAUGGCACACAAACUACAGAAGAGCAAGAACUCAGCAAAGAUGUGUCUAGGAAAUCAAUCUCAGCAGGAUCUGGAGGAAGAGGCAAUAAAAUGGUGGAGUCAUCAACACAGAAGAGACGGACCUACGUGACAGCAUCCAAGAGUAGAGUGGUGCCAGUGGUGCCAGUGACUGGGCCUAGUAACCACGACACUGAUGAGGUCACUAGUACUCCCACAACCGCUACUCGAGUGUUUUACAGCAAAUCGGCAGAAUUGAGAACACCCACACAAAAUGGCUGGACCGAUAAACCAAUUGCAGAGAACGUUGCCAAUUCAAGUAUGAUAUCUAGCGAGACUGAAGUAGACAGCCACAUGGACGCUACAAUGAACUCUGACCUCCCCCAAAUCCAAGCCGACACCCUCCUAAUUGAAGGGGGUGGUCUAAUUCUCCCCGUAAGUCCAGCACCUAAGGAACAACGAAGUUCGUACUUCACCCACACUCAGUCCAAGAUCAGAACAGUCGAAGAGAGCCUAGCGACUAUCAGUCAAGAAUCAGAGGAAGUACUACACUCCCCAUCACCUUCAACGUUUCGACUACCCAUAAAUAAAAUGGGCACACCGAAAACAGUUGAACCGAUUGAAGUUGGAGAAACUUUUCUGCAAAGGGUUUUACCCAAGUCCGUUCAAGAGACAGCUGUUACUUAUCAACAGUUACCAAUGACAACAGCAUCUAUGGAUGAUUUGAUUACAGUAGUUGAACCAGAAGACAUUGAAACAGUUGAUUUGUUCUCAGCAGCCUCGGCCAAAACCACGACAGUCGAAAAUGAUAGGCCGAAGUCUAAGUCCAGAGUUAAGACCUCACCUACAGUUGAGGACACUUUAUCUCUCCCUCCUGCACGAAAAGCUGUGGACGAUACGAACACACUUGCAGCAUCUACUCAAGAACCGUUGAAGGGUCAAACUCGCCCGACAAGAGACAACACUGUACAGCUGCCACAGUCACUGCCGUCUGCCAUGAGAGAGGGUGGUCCUGGUGGUCCUGGUGGUGGUGGUGGUCCUGGUGGUGGUGGUCCUGGUGGUCCUGGUGGUGGGGGUGUGUUGAGGGACCUCAAGCUACCUCCAUUGAUAGAGACAACCUCUAUUGUUGAUGGAAAUGAGAUGGUGCAACAGCUACCUAUGCUCAAGUCACCACUCAGCCCUUACCUCACAGGGUUUGUGUUCUCAAGCAAGCGUGAACGAGCCCCUCCCCCCUAUACCAUCCACCGCCCACCUGGUAGCAUGGGUCUAGUACCAUCCUGUCCUCUGUACGGAGUCAGUCAACCAAAGGGACUCAGUGAUCUCCUCCUAAGUGAUCCACCCACCGACUCACUCCCACCCUCCACACUGAGCAGCGGCCUGACACGCACUGACAGUCACACCUCUACUCUGGCCGAAGAUCCCCUCCCCCCAGAGACUGAUACCAACAGGAUACCUGCGGAGGCACCACCCACCCCCUUUAUUACGUCUCUAUCCUCAUCCGGCCCAGGGCCUCUCUCCAUUGCAUCUCUAUCCUCAUCCGGCCCGGGACCUCUGCAUCUGGCAGCAAGGUCUGGCAACUUGCGGCGUCUCCAAUCCCUCAUCAACCUGGGCCACGAUGUGGAUCUGCCUGACCACAACGGGCAGACACCACUCAUGUACUGUAUACACUUGACUGGUGUCCACUUGUCAUGUGCCGAUGCUCUUAUCAGGGAGGGGGCUAACGUCAACAAACAGUCCUCUGAUGGCUCCACGGCGAUGCACCUGGCCUCGUCAGUAGGGGGCGUGGCACUCAUUGAGCUCAUGAUACUCAACGGGGCUCGUACUGACGUGAGAGACUUUGAGGGACGACUGCCACUCCAUUGGGCGACCAUACCAAAGAGUCCAAAGGUCAUCGCUACCCUCUUGAAACAUGAUUCUGAGCUUGGCAUUGACGUGACUGAUGAUGUUGGCAUGACUCCACUAAUGUGGGCAGCCUACAAUAACAACGCAGGGGUCACCUCAUACCUCCUGGGCAGAGGGGCGGAUAGGGAGGAGAAGGAUGAUGAUGGAUACACCGCCAUGCAUUGGGGUGUUCACCGCGAGGGAGUGCAGUGUCUCCAGCUCUUACUUAAACCAGACAUGACCUACUUCAAGGACCACAAAGGGAGAACAGUCAUCUUAUUUGCCUCAGAGCAAGGAGCCAUGACAGCUUGUGAGGUCAUCCUCAAGAUGAGGGGAGAUGCCAUCUAUGACACUGACAAAAUGGGCCGCACUCCCCUCCACUACGCUGCUGCCUGUGGCCGUGUCGACGUGUGUGCCCUCCUCCUUGGCCGUGGAGCAGACGCCACUCAGACUGACUCGACUGGCCGGACAGCACUGGACUAUGCUCGUCUAAAAGGAAUGGAUUACGUCGUGGCUUUACUGACAUGCCAUGGAACAGCCAUUGCUGAUUUCGCUAGAGCAUCUCGUUCAACCAGUGUGGAGUCACUAUUGAGCAGAGGCGUUAGCUUCGGGCAAUUGUCAGGGGGUGUGGCUAGUCUAGCGUCACAUACUGGGGGUGCUCUGAACAAAAGUAUGACAUCACUGGUUUCUAACCAAUCAACAAUAAUUGAACGGCCGGGGACAGCUGCCUCUGUGAGGAGUGUGACAAGUGUGAGUGGUGGGGGUGUGGACGUGGUGAGAGGUGGCUACCUCGGCAGAUUCGUCAAUGAUAAAACAGAUCCACUCAGGCAUUACUUCUUCCGACUGUCACCUGACCAAGGCACAGUGUCCUGGAGUGAGGAGAGGGGGGACAAGAAUGUAGAGGUGGCUACAAUACUCGAGGUCAACGAGGGACCCAGCAAUGCAGUCAAACUGUCACCCGGUUACUCGCCAGAGGCUCUGCACAAAUACGUGUUCUGGGUUAUGACAUCAGGGGGUGUGCUGGAUCUGCUGGCAUACAACGAGAACGACUACUCAUCGUGGUUACGUGAGAUUGGACAAGUGGCAGUCACCAAUGCACAGUACGGGGACGUGGGUCAAGGUUUAAAGAGACAGCAAAGAAUAAGAGGAAGUGGCGUACCAAGUGCCUCAACCCCAUCCCGUGGUCAAAUUGCACCCAGCUCGAUUGUUGACCACACCCCUUUAUCAACGGAAAGCCAAUCUAAUAUUUCGAACGUGUCGGAAAGGUCUGCAAUAUUUGUUUCUCCCAAUACUACUACUACCGUCUCCUCGCCAGUACGGGUACAAAGACCGUCCAGCCGUUCACAAGUGGGCGUGGCACCUGGUAGUCAUGUGACUGAGUACAAGAUACCAAAAGGAUUUAAAAGUGACAUUUUUGUGACUAGUACACCAAAAGCAAUUGCUGGCAAUGGACAUAACGAUAUAAUUUAAUUACGAUAUUUGUUAAAUUAUGAAUUUGAUGUUCCAAUUAAGAGUAUGAGUUGUA